GGGCACGAGGCGCUCCCUGGGAUCACAUGGUACCUGCUCCAGUGCCGCGUGCGGCCCGGGAACCCGGGGUUGCUGGCGCCUGCGCAGAGCCCUCUGUCCCAGGGAAAAAGGCUGGGGCAAAAGGCGGCUGAGAUUGGCAGAGUGAAAUAUUGCUGCCGAGAGAUCGUAGCAGGGCACACGUCUCGCUUCUUCGCGCUUGGGUGCCCGGUUUCUCUUCAUCACCUACUUAUUUCCUGACUGCAACCUCUCUCCCUCUGGGACUUUUUGCACCAGGAGCUCCAGAUUUGCCACCCUGCAGCGCUGCGGAGCCGUCAAGCAGUACUGCUCCGUGCACUGCAGAGAUCCGACUCCUAGCUACCUUCUAACCAGAACUACCGCGGACUGAUCCCCCUUCUCCCCUCCUCUCUGUGCUCUUCUCAUGCAAAGGAGACCUCCGUUACCUCAGCGUCCCACCCUUCCGCAGGGUUGCGGUUUGGCCACCCCAAGAUCUUGCUGCAGUGUGUCCCCGAUCCUGAUCGUGAGCCGCGGGGUCCACUCCCCGCCCUCAGCCAGUAUCCAGGGGGCGACAGUGGUAAUUGCAACCUCCACUUUGUGUCAAGGUCCCGUUUGAAUGACCGCUCUCAGCCGGUAAAGACAUGACGACCCUGGACUCCAACAACAACACAGGUGGUGUUAUCACCUACAUUGGCUCCAGUGGCUCCUCCCCGAGCCGCACCAGCCCGGAAUCCCUCUACAGUGACAGCUCGAAUAGCAGCUUCCAGUCCCUGACCCAAGGCUGCCCUGCCUACUUCCCACCGUCACCCACAGGCUCCCUCACCCAGGACCCAGCCCGUUCCUUUGGGAGCAUUCCACCCAGCUUGAAUGAGGAUGGCUCCCCUUCUUCGACAUCCUCCUCCUCUUCGUCCUCCUCUUCCUUCUACAAUGGGAGCUCCCCAGGGAGUCUACAAGUGGCCCUGGAAGACAGUAGCCGAGUGUCCCCCAGCAAGAGCACCAGCAACAUCACCAAGCUGAACGGCAUGGUGCUGCUGUGUAAAGUGUGCGGGGACGUUGCCUCAGGCUUCCACUACGGCGUGCAUGCCUGUGAGGGCUGCAAGGGCUUCUUCCGUCGGAGCAUCCAGCAGAACAUCCAGUACAAGAGGUGUCUCAAGAAUGAAAACUGCUCCAUCGUCCGCAUCAAUCGCAACCGCUGCCAGCAGUGUCGCUUCAAGAAGUGUCUCUCCGUGGGCAUGUCUCGAGAUGCUGUGCGUUUUGGGCGCAUCCCCAAGCGAGAGAAGCAGCGCAUGCUGGCUGAGAUGCAGAGUGCCAUGAACCUGGCCAACAACCAGCUGAGCACCCAGUGUCCGCUGGAGACCUCGCCCGCACAGCACCCCGCCCCAGGCCCCGUGGGCCCCUCGGCCCCCCCAGCCCCGGCCCCUUCACCACUAGUGGGCUUCUCCCAGUUCCCACAACAGCUGACGCCUCCGCGCUCCCCAAGCCCCGAGCCCACCGUGGAGGAUGUGAUUUCCCAGGUGACUCGGGCCCACCGAGAGAUCUUUACCUAUGCCCAUGACAAGCUGGGCACCUCACCUGGCAACUUCAAUGCCAAUCGUGCAUCUGGCAGCCCUCCGGCCACCACCCCACAUCCCUGGGAGAGUCAGGGCUGCCCACCUGUCCCCAAUGACAAUGCCCCGGCCACUCAGCUUCACAAUGAAGCCCUGAACAGUUUACGCCAGGCGUCCUGCUACCCUCCCGCCUGGGCCCCUGGUCCUGCCCACCACAGCUGCCACCAGCCUAACAGCAAUGGGCACCGUCUAUGCCCCACCCACGUGUACGCAGCACCAGAAGGCGAAGCAACUGCCAGCAGUCCUCGGCAGGGCAACUCCAAGAACAUUCUGCUGGCAUGCCCCAUGAACAUGUACCCGCAUGGACGCAGUGGGCGAACUGUGCAAGAGAUCUGGGAGGAUUUCUCCAUGAGCUUCACGCCCGCGGUGCGGGAGGUGGUAGAGUUUGCCAAGCACAUCCCUGGCUUCCGCGACCUUUCUCAGCACGACCAGGUCACCCUGCUUAAGGCUGGCACCUUUGAGGUGCUGAUGGUGCGCUUUGCAUCGCUGUUCAACGUGAAGGACCAAACAGUGAUGUUCCUGAGCCGCACCACCUACAGCCUGCAGGAGCUCGGUGCCAUGGGCAUGGGAGACCUGCUCAGUGCCAUGUUCGACUUCAGCGAGAAGCUCAACUCCCUGGCGCUUACCGAGGAGGAGCUGGGUCUCUUCACCGCGGUGGUGCUCGUCUCGGCAGGUAGGCCAAGCUGUCGCCUGGCCCUGACCCGGGGAGGAGGCGGACGCAGUUCGAUUCAACACACCUUUUAUGGAGUACCUACUCUAUGCCAGGCCCUGCACGGGGCGCUGGGGAUACAGACAUGAUUCAGACACAGUCU